CUUCGUGCCUUCCUGUGUCACGACCCAGCGCUGGCGGACGGAGGGGAGAGGAGCUGAGUUAAGCGACUGGGAUGGUGCCGCACUGAGACACGGCGAAGAAGGGAAGAGUCGUGCAUUAAGGGCAGCAGAUAGUCACUUAUUGGCGGGGACGACGAUUAUAUUGCGACUCCGCCGUGGUCUGCAGCGCCGGUCCCUACCGAGGAACACGUUCGAGACCCCUGGAGUCCGUUGCCAUGGCGCUGCCGCUCAAGGACAAGCGUGAGGACGUCGUUGACCUCGAGAUCCUCGGCAACCUGUCUGAGAAGGAGCUCAAGGACCUAGAGUGUGUCCUGGAGGAACUGGAUCCAGAGAAUGCACUGCUGCCUGCAGGAAUGCGCCAGAAGGACCAGACAGCCAAAGCUCCCACUGGCCUCUUCGACAGAGAGCGCUUGUUGAACUUCCUGGAGAAGGAGGCGAUGGAGUAUCAGGACCGGGAAGACGUUGUGCCCUUCACUGGGGAAAAGAAAGGAAAGGUGUGGGUGCCGAAGCAAAAGCCGGCGGAAACACGGCAGGAACAAGUGACCACCCUUGACCCUGAGCUGGAGGAAGCUCUCUCCAGUGCCACGGACACGGAGCUCAGUGACCUGGCAGCUAUUCUGGGUGUUCACACGCUGGUGUCAAACCCGCUGAGCUGCCAUGGAACCGCUGGUAAAGACGGCUAUAGCAAUGUUGUGAAGGGCGAGAGGGUGAAGCCCGUUUUCAACGAGCCGCCCAACCCCACCAACGCGGAAGAGACCCUCCGGAGGGUGAAGUCCAACGAGCCGACUCUGACCGAGGUCAACUUGAACAAUAUCAAGAACAUUCCCAUCCCCACGCUGAAGGAGUUUGCAAAGGCCAUGGAGAAGAACACGCGCGUGAAGAAGUUCAGCUUGGCUGCGACUCGCAGCAACGACCCCAUCGCUGUGGCUUUUGCAGACAUGCUGAAGGUGAACAAAAGCUUGAAGAGUCUGAACCUAGAGUCCAACUUCAUCACCAGUGCAGGGAUCCAAGCCCUGCUGGAGGCCCUGAUGGACAACGACACGUUGUCGGAGCUCAAGAUAGACAAUCAGAGGCAGCAGCUUGGAACCAAGGUGGAGAUGGAGAUCGCCAAGAUGCUGGAGCAGAACCACAGCAUCAUCAAGUUUGGAUACCACUUCACUCAGCAGGGACCAAGAACCAGGGCAGCUGCUGCCAUCACCAAGAACAACGACCUGGUCCGCAGGAGGCGAGUGGAGGGCGAUGCUUAGAGACGUGUCGAGCUCCUCCGUGCGCAGAUGCCUCCCCGCUUCGCUCCACCGCUGUCUCGUGCCAGACUCCGGGGUCAGAUCUUCUCACAAAGCACCUCGAGGGGAGAAGGGGACUCACUGGAACUGCCCCCCCCCCUCCCCCCCACCAUUCCACUGAAUUGCUGAAUGUGUCAUAUGUGUCAUUGUCCACAUUUUACACCACUAAUUUGCCCCCCCCCCCCCUUUCUAACAUGUAAAUGUUGCAUCAGUCCUUUGUGUUGGGCUUUGGAUGAGGUGGGAAACACAUAUUCCAACAUCAUUCUCAUGCUCACCCGCAGUAGGGUGGUUGUUGUUAUUAUUAUUAUUAUUAUUAUUAUUAUUAUUU